CUGACGGUUCCUAUUCUUUACCUGACAAUUUUUUUGCUGUUUACAGAAAAGAAAAAAGAAAGAAGAGGCUGUCUCUUUGCCAUAUCUCUGCAAUGGGUUCAAUACGAAUGAUAGAUAUAGCUGUUAACUUCACAGAUGGUAUGUUCAAAGGAAUCUACAAUGGCAAGCAAUGCCAUGUAGCUGAUAUAGCUACUGUCUUGACAAGGGCUUGGAGUGCUGGUGUUGAUAGAAUUAUUGUGACUGGAGGAUCUCUUGAGGAGUCGAAACAGGCUCUUGCCAUCGCAGAGACUGAUGGAAGACUUUUUUGUACAGUCGGGGUCCAUCCAACAAGGUGCAAGGAGUUUGAAGAAAGUACAGAUCCAGAGCAGCAUUUUCAGGCUCUUUUAUCACUGGCCCAAGAGGGAAUUCAGAAAGGGAAGGUUGUGGCAAUUGGCGAAUGUGGACUGGAUUAUGAUAGGCUGCACUUUUGCCCAUCGGAGAUUCAGAAAAAGUACUUCGAAAAGCAGUUUGAAUUAGCACGUGCCACAAAGUUGCCUAUGUUUCUACAUAUGCGUGCAGCUGCUGAAGAUUUCUGUGAAAUUGUCGAGAGAAACAAGGACAAAUUCAGUGCUGGAGUCGCUCAUUCAUUUACUGGCAAUGCCGAAGACCGUGAUAAACUUCUCUUAUUCAAAAAUAUGUAUAUAGGUGUAAAUGGUUGCUCGUUGAAGACGUCUGAGAACCUUGAUGUUGUGAAGGGUAUUCCUGUGGAGAGAAUGAUGAUUGAGACAGAUUCUCCAUAUUGUGAAAUCAAGAGCACUCAUGCUGGGAUUAGUUUGGUAAAAUCGUUUUGGCCCUCAAAGAAGAAAGAGAAGUAUGAUCAGGAUUGCAUUGUAAAAGGCCGGAAUGAACCUUGUUUAAUUCGGCAAGUACUUGAGGUCGUGGCUGGCUGUAAAGGUGUUGUUGGCAUAGAUCAAUUGAGCAGGACCAUAUACCAUAAUACCUGUAGGGUCUUCUUUCCCCAUGAUUUGGAUUCUGCUGCAGAUGCUCUUCUUUCUGGUGGUCCUGGUGCUCAGUGAAGUUCUGAAUAUUCUUACAUCUUACAAAAUUUUCUUACUGGAGCUUGAGAUGCUCGGUUCCUUUUGUAUUUGUGGUUCAUUAGUAAUGCUUUCUCAUCCAAGAUUAUUGGCAUAGUCAUGAUUUUGAAAUGAAUGUAUCAAUAUGAAGUCUUAUCCAAAUCUGCAUGUAUCAAUUUGUUAAAUUUUGUUGUGAAGAUCGUAGCCAGGAAGUUUUUGUCAA